AUGGUCCUGUGUUUCGACCUGGAGAUGGAGACAUUCGAGUGGUUUUCUCACCCGGCUAUGGUCCACGGGAGCCUUGUGCAAGUCUUCCGUCUCACGGAUCUUCAAGGGACCUUGGUGAUGGUUGAUUUUUCGUCCGAGGAGUGUGUAGGGUUGUGGACGCUGAGAGAUAAGGCGAGAGGAGAAUGGUCUUUCGACUACAGAUUUGACGCCAAGGCGUUGAGUGACAAAGUAAGACACUUCUGCCGCGGCCACGACGACGAAACAGGCAGGCUACAUGUGGUCGGUGCUUGGAAGGAAGGGCUUCUUCUAAGGAUUUGGGACUCUACUGUCUGUUUUUACCUAAACCUCAAGACGGAACGUAUGGAGUAUAUUGGGUUUGAGAAGAAGGUUCAAGAAUUGGUACGUCAGGAUUUCAUCGUUGCUUAUACUCCUAAUUAUCUACUUCGUCUCAAGACUUACUAUGACCAAUCAAGAGUCAUAUGUGCUCACCCUCAUGCUGGUGCACGUCUUCGAGGACGCCUCCAUCUUAUGCUUACGCGCGAUGGCCAUCUUGCUUACGAGUUAAGAUAUUAUUAUGAUAGCAUAAAGUCUCCACUUGAUGAACUUAUUGGCUUUAGGUAUGGUAAAUCAAUCCAGCAUCCCCCAAAAACUGAAAUUAAGGAUUCUGUUUGGACAUUUGAAGAUAUGUGA